AUGGCGCAGAGGGAGGAAGGAGGAGGGGUUGUGUGUGAGGAAGGGUUGGAGGGCAGGGCAGAAGCGUUCGUGUUCGAGAACGACGAACAUGAUAAUAUUGCCGGUGCCAUUGCAUUUAAUCACUACCUACCUAGUGCUACCGCUCCAUGCCCCCCUUCCUAUACAGAGAAUAGACAAAAUAAAAUCAACCGAGAAGAGGUGAAGAUGAAAUGCAGCGGCCGCGUUGAUGACACGGGAGUUCCCUCUCCUCUCUACGCUUCGCCUCCAGGGCUUGUAGAGAAGGAUGGAGCCAACACCGACAACGAGAAACACGCCACAAAUAGACCCGCCGAUGAUGUCGAAAUUGUCGCCGAUAGCUUCAACGCCGUCCCAGAAUGGGCCCUCUGGCUCUGCAACGUUCUGGAUAAGAGCCAAGACCUGGAUGGUACCGAUGAAUGCAGACACAAAGACGGUGAUCGCGGUGAGGAUACUGGAGUAGUAUAA